AACAUAACUAUCCGAAAACACCACAUCUUUAAACAUGAAACUUCUUUGCACUUUUUUAAUCCUUGCUGGAGUAUUUGCUCUUAACGAUGCUUCAAUGUCAUACGAAGCACACAUGAGAAUAUUUCAUGACAAAAUGAAGUUAAAUGAUUUAAAACGGGUGGCACUGUACAGAGAUUUGGAUAGUUCAGUGCAAUGUUCUCAAGACCUUUUGGCUUUUCUUACUGAAAUAUUGACUGCUUACAAUAGCGACGUAGCAGCUUGUAACAAAACUAAGGCAGAAGAAAUCGAAGCUCAUAACGCUAUUGCUAGGAAAAAAAUUGAAAUAUUUAGGGAGAACCUGGAGAGCGCGUGCGGUGUACAGAGCAGAUGUGACGAAUUGAAUACAACUGAGGCCAGUUUGUCAUGUUAUCAAUCAGAAAGUUUUCAAGGUGCAAGGAUUUUAACAAUGAUUUCAAACGGAGCUUCAACAGCAAAAGUUGAACUGCAGGCAAGUAUUGAAAACAGCAAAGGCAAUGAGGAAGUCUGCAAGGCAGAAGCUUACACCUGUUAUAGCCAAAUGUCAGAAAGGGCUAACAUGGAUUUCAAUAAGUGUGUAAAGAAUAAUGAAUCUAAGCAAUUGAUAUCUAGAACAAAUGAACUUUCUCCAAUAACACCCUCUAAAACUGAAGAAAUUGGUCAUCAAAGACAUGGGAUUUUAAUGCUUGGAAGCUUAUAAAUCAAAGUCAAAGUUAUAAAAAUUAAUCGAUACUGCGGAGUUCCU